AUGGUAACUGUCUCUGACCCCAGGUACAUGUUGUAUUGGCAGGACACGCUGGAGCUGGCAGACUUGCCCCUGCAGAAGGGCUCUGUGGAGCUCCUCAAGCGAAGAUGGGAGUCUGCCAAUGCUGUGAGACCUGGCCUGAUGCUCCAGUGCUCGUCAGCCCCAAUGUCCCUCGUGCUGGAUAAGAUGAGCCGCAGCAGCACCAAGGAGAAAGUGCCAGCAGACAGCAGGAGGAUAGACAUGUUCAAGGAGGAGACUCCAGCUGGCCCUCAGCAGACUGAACACUUCCCCAUUACUGUGGAGGAGCUGCGGAGCCACUUUGAGGCCCUGGGUGGCAAGAAGAAUCCACGAGGAUUCGUCGUGUAUCGUGUUGUGGAUGAGGGUGGCUUAUUACAGGAUUGUUUGCCAUCAGACGAUUACAAUGAUUUCAGCAGGAAACAGCAUCUUCAGAGAGUAAAUCUGAGCUCUAUCAUUACAGCUGGUGUGAUAGUGCAAGAAAAUCAUCCUUCAGAAGCCCCACUAAGACAGGGAUACCAUUUGCAAAAUAAGGCUGGGGCAGUUGAAGACUGUCAUGUGGGGGACCCUGUGAUAAUGAAAAAGGCAGGAACAGGAGAAGAUGAAGCAGAAAAUGAAAGAAGUUCACAUUCACUAACAUCAAAGAGUCAGCCUGGGAGCCAUUCCACCAGUACUCCAAAGGAAUCUAGUGUGAAAAGAGGGAGAGCAAUCUUUGAAAAGAUGUCAUCAGAAAACGGCCUCAGCAACAGCUCUGAAGUGGGUUCUCACAAACGUGUCAGAGGACUAUUUAAAGAGAGUGCUUCCAGGGCUGAUAACACACUGCUGGAUGUCCAGGAAACUGUCUCCUUGAAAGAAAGAAUGGCUAUGUACAAGGCUGCUGUGUUUGAGAUAGAGGGUAGCAACUCCUUUGCUCAUACUUCAGAGAAAACCAAGUUCUGUACUGUGCCUGGUGGCCUGGCAGCAGUGAGGAAACAAUUCGAGAAAGUGCGGACGAUGUCUUCACGAAAGGCCUUUGUUCUGUACCAGCACAAAGCUGUACAGGAAAAGUUAAGUAGGAGUCAAAAUACCAUAUCAAGGAGCAUGAGGGAAGCUGAGUGCAAUGAAAUGACCUCCAAAGAAAGUCAAAUGGAAGCCUCUCAAACACAAGAGGUUUCUCAUCGCAAGCAAGUUACUCAAGAGACAAAAAUGGCUUCCACAUUCAGUCAGAAUACUGAUGAAACAGUAAUCAAUGCAGCUCAGAACGAAGAGCUCCCAAAGACUGUAACACAGAUAUUAAAACAGCAGGUUGAAAGGACAGUUCAGGAAACGGCUGUUCAUGCUGACAGAGAGGCUGCAACACCUGCAAAAGAAGUAAAGAAACUGCAGAUUCAGGAGUACGAAACGUGCAGACUCUGUCAACAGAGAGUUUACCCAAUGGAGUGCCUAGUUGCUGACAAGCAGAAUUUUCAUAAAUCAUGUUUCCGAUGUCACCACUGCAGCAGUCAGUUAAGCUUGGGAAAUUAUGCAUCUCUCCAUGGGAAAAUAUACUGUAAACCCCAUUUUAAGCAACUUUUCAAGUCAAAAGGAAAUUAUGAUGAAGGCUUUGGACACAAGCAGCAUAAAGAAUUAUGGAAUUCUAAAGACCGAUGUAGCUCAGCUGUCAAUACUCAUGCUGAAGAAACAAAUCCCAUUAGUAGUAUACCUGUUGAUCCUAAACCAAUUACAGACAUUGAUCAAGACUUGUACUCAGGUACUGAUGUUUCACUACCUGAUACUUUGGAUAAUAAUUUGAAAAGACCCACAGAAAGAGGUAAACUAAAGCUGACAUGGCCUCCUUCAACAGAUGAGGUAACACCUAAGAAAACAUUUUCUAUUGAAGAAGUGCCUAAAGUAAAUAAGCCGAAGUGGCCCCCCCAAGGUUGUGCUCAAGAAGGUUCUAAUUUAAAUACAUAUAAACCUCUGGGCAAUAAAAAGGAUCCUCAGAAAGAAAAUGCGGUGAGCAAGCAAAAUAAAAAUAACACCGCAAAUGCCCAACAAAAUCAACACUCAUCCUUCAGUGCUCUGUCUGAAAAAGAAGCUACAAAUACCUCUAAAGCAAAGAAAAAUGAAGCAGGCAAUAAGGGAAAAGAGGAGGAAGCUGGGAAUGUGAAAGAUAAGUGGAAUACAACAGGAGGAUCACAGAAUAUGGAGGAAAGUGGGAAGGAUUUCAAUGGAAGUGAUAAAGUGAUUGUUCAUGCUGCUGGGAAGGAGCAAGAGCAAAAAAUAAAUGAUAGUUUAGAAGUUGUACAGGUUACUAACAUUGAUGAUGUAACAGUACAAAAGAAUCACAAAGAAUUCAGCUUAAAUAACAAUAACAAUUAUGCCACUUUUUCGCACCUAAACGUUUUAGGCAAGAAACAACUCUCUCAGCUACAGCUAACCCAAUGACAGCAUUAAGCAUACAAUUUGCACUGUAUCACAGCACGCCUUUGCAAAGCUGGAAAAUCAGUCUGGAAAUGAAGAAAUAUUUGAGAUCUAUGAAUCUCAUGAGAGCUAUUGUAGCAAUACUGUAACUGUUUCACAGGAUGAACAAAACUCAAAAGAUGAAGAUGCUGUUACCUCUAAUAAUCUUGCUCAAUUUAAUAAAGAUGCCACUUGUCAGAAGUCUCAUAUUAGUAGA